AUAAAUAGAUCUAAAUUUUAAUUAUUUAAAAUCUUGAAGAGAGAGAAACAGUGCGCGCUUUAAACAUAUCAUAAUUUAAAAGUUAUAAUAUAAUUUUCGGUGAUACUGAAACCUCAAUAACGCGAAAAACUUAAGACAUUUAAAAUUUCAACAAAUUAGCAAUCUUAGUAUUUUAGAAUCCAAAGAAUAAAUUAUCUGAUUAUUUAAAACUCUAGAGUUUGAAGCAUUCUAAAGUUGUGUGGAGAUAAUUAGCGAUUCCAAAAAUCAAGGAUUUGAUGACCACAGUUGAACCCUUCAACUUUUAUCUUCGAAUUCACAGCAUCGAAGAUUUAUCUAUUUCGUAGAGCAGUUAAUCAAAAGUGGAACAUUUCAUUGGUUCCGUAUAUCCACAAUAUUCUCGUAGAAGCUCAAUCUCGUAAGCGAAAGUAAGCGGAGAGAAGACUACAGCACGGUCGAGAGUAAAACAGGUCUUCGCGAAUUUGACAGACUUAGAUAUCUUGAUCCCUGAUGCGUAGAUCGACCUGGGGACGCUCAUAGACCAGGCAAUCACGUCCAUCUCUCACUAAAAGACGGAUAGGGUGAUCACGGUCGGACUGAUCGCUGAAGGAGCGAUAAAACAUGUCGAGGCUGCUGAAAGGAGAGCCGACAGGCGGUUAUGUGAUUGCCUCGUGCGCGGAUCGAGGAUCGUAUUAGCCCGACUGGCAGUGACGCAUGUCGUAAGCCACGUGAGACCGGAGAAACGACGCGGUGGACGCCACGCAGGAUUUACGAAGAGAGAGAGAGAGAGAGAGAGUGUGAGAGCAAAGCAAGAGAAAUAGAGAGAACCGCGAUAGAACUAGUACGAGCGCAAAACAGGCCAGGCGACGAGCCUCCCAUUACCUACCGGAAGUCAUAUGCCCAUACACGCGCGUAAAACGCGUACGGCUUGCGAAGAAAUUGAAAUGGUGGAGUUGUGUGGCAGCGGCCAAGCUUCUUCGGCCAUGGGGGUGAUAGGUAUCGGUUCGAUGGUGUCCGCGGCGACUUCGUCGUCCUCUUCGUCGACUACCACGACUACAGGUGCCUCAUCCUCGGCAUCGGGACGUGCCGGUGUCCUCGAGACUCAAGUGCGCGGUCAGUGGUACCGCGUCUUCGUCUCCUUGGAAGACGAUUAUCUCAGUAUUUCGCUCGACGAGAGUUGUGAGACCGGUAACAACACCCUGAACAACGGUAAUAUCAAUAAUAAUAAUGUGGACAGUCUGAACGAUCCGGAUGUGCCCGACUCGGUGGCAAAUCAGAAACGUAUCGUCCGCGUGGUAAAAAGCGAUAACAACGGCCUUGGAAUUUCGAUUAAGGGCGGAAAGGAAAACAAAAUGCCUAUUCUCAUCUCGAAGAUCUUUAAGGGUAUGGCGGCAGACGCUACUGAGCAGCUUUACGUUGGCGACGCUAUUUUGGCAGUAAACGGCGAGGAUCUACGAGAAGCUACGCACGACGAAGCGGUAAAGGCGCUGAAGAGAGCCGGCAAGGUCGUUGAACUGGAAGUGAAAUACCUGCGGGAAGUGACGCCGUACUUCAGGAAGGCUUCGAUCAUCCAGGAAGUGGGUUGGGAACUUCAGCGCGGCUUCCUCAGCGCGACGCCGCCGCCGCCAAAGUCACCACCGCGGGCGGACACUCGUUAUCUGCCAUUACAACUCUGCCGACUCACCAGGGCGCAUCCCACUUCCGAUCCCGAAGGCCGCAUUCUCGAGCUGCACUCGCCUGACGGCGUCCACGAAUGCUGGUUGAGAGCCGCUGACAGCACCGAGGCGAAUGUCUGGUUCAAUGCUUUGCACUCGGCGUUGGCAGCUCUCACCUUGAAAGCAUUACGACUGGCCUCAGCACUUCCGGAUCCGCAGCAGCUUCAGCACAUCGGCUGGCUCGCGAGGAGACAUUGUCUUCAGAAUGGACGAGCCAGUAGCGAGAGCAGCGAGGACGGGGCCGGAAGUAGCGCGAGCACUUCGCGAGGAGCCGGAAGUGGAUUCGGUCUCGCCGGCGGCUGCACCGGCGGGUGGCGCAGUGUCUUUGGCGCAGUUUCAGGCCGAGAACUCAGACUGUACGAAUGCGCGCCUUGGAGUCCAGAAGCUUGGGCCUCGCCGAGCAUUACCUGUCCCCUCAUCGCGACACGACUGGUUUCCUCCCCGACGCGACAGAACGAAGCGGCGAGCAGCAGUAGCGGUUCGAUUCAACACGGGGCGACGUUCGCGGUUCGGGUUGGCACGAUCGACGGGGUGAUCACGCAUCAUUUACGAGCUGAAACACGAAGAGAUCUGGCGGCCUGGGCCCGAGCGAUCGUUCAGGGUUGUCACGCGGCCGCUCACUCCUUGCGGGAGUACACCGUUCGUUGCACAUGGCAACGUAAAGCCUGUCAGUUAGUUGUCAACCAUGAGGAAGGAUUCGCGCUUUAUGCCGCUGGAACGCGGAACACUGCCGGUAACGGCGUAAGUCCUGGAUCACCGCCCGCGCCGCUCUGGAGAAGAUCCUUCGACAAAUUGAAAAUGUCCGCGGACGACGGCGCCCGUCUCCUGUGGCUUGAUUUUGGGGGCGAGGAUGGCGAAAUUGAGCUCGACUUGGAGAGCUGUCCGAAACCGAUCGUGUUCGUCCUGCACAACUUUCUUUCGGCGAAGAUUCACCGGCUCGGUCUGAGCGCAUAGGGGCACGAGGGGGCCCUCACAGAGGCCCCCGAUCUACCCCCUCACACUACCAGGUCUAUUACCAGCGUCUUUCUUCAUUGAACCAAAAUGAAUCACGGCGCGAAAGAGAAAAGGGCUUUCUCUCUCUUCGAGGAUUCGAUAUUAACGAGGUUUGAUGAGGCACGUGUAAGAAAUGCAAGGAAUAUCCUUGCCCGUCGCGUCGCGUACGGUUCCGUUUCGCGGCUUUAAAACGUGAGGAAGAGAUAGAUUUGAAAUAAAGAUGAGUAACGGCGAAACAAUUUGGGAAUGACUGAUAUUAGGACAGAGAAUUUAGAGAAAAUAACAGUCCGAGGAUUCUAAAAUUGCAAGAUUUUUAUAAGAGUCAAUCUAACAAAGUUCCAAUAUAUAUAAAUGUUCCUUGAAUUAAAAUCUCCAUUUAUUUAAUACAGUAUCUGAAAAUUGAACAUUCUAAGAAUCAAAUAUUUGAGGUUUUAGAUAAAUAUUUACGAGUCUGAAACCUUGAAAUCUGAGACAUUUUUAAAAACAGUUUUCAAAAAUUUAAAAAAUGACAAUUUUUAACUUUUCUCAAGAAUUUAGAACUUACCAUUCCAAAUUUUAUUGCAUGUUUAAAUAUUUAACAUAUCAAGAAUUUUCAAUAACAAGUAAAACAUUUACAAUAAUAUCUUACUCUCUUUGAAAUUAAAAAUAUUCUCUCAAUACCUAAGAUUUAAAAAAAUUUUAAAAAACAUCUUAACGGCCUAAUUCUUUUUAUCAAAGAUGCAAAGAUUCAAAUUGCGCACAUCCUAGAAUUCUCGGACUUGGCUCUAAGGAUUCCAGGACUGGAAUCGUUAGAGAGAUACAAGUAAUAAGAUGCAAAGAAGACUAUAUGUGUAUAAGUUCGAGAGUCCAUAUAGAAUCUUCAAGAGAAGCUCGAUUACGAUAAAUCGACUCGAGACGAUCCUUAAAAAUCGGGCGACAGUCCCUUUUCUCCUUUUUUUUCCCCAACGAUAAUCGAUACGAAGCCAUCCACGAGACGAUAUAUUGAAGAAAGUACGACACGCAACAAGGACAGAGAGGCGGAGGGGUGAGGAGGAACACCCACGCCACUAAUCACACGCCUAAGUAACUAAUUAUAUAAUUAACUAUUUACCUAAUCAUAAGAGUAUAUAUAUAUAUAAGACUAAUCGCAAAAGAACUGACUUGGCGGAUUAUCGAUAAAUAUUCACUGAUCCUGUGUCGGAUAUCGAAUCGUGGUUAUUGUAACAAGCAACAAGGAAACCAGAUAGGCGUGAUUGUUUAAACGACUUUAUGAGAUAAUUUAAUGUAUUUCGGCUUUUAAACGCAAUUUGAUAAUAAUCUGAAUUUUGGGAAAUAAUAUACAAUCGCACUAUUAUAUUCUGAUGAUUGCUAAAGGUGUCCAAAAAAAAAAGGUUUUACUAAAUUAAAUUUUAUUUUAAUAAUGGAUUUAAAUGUCUAUAAUGUCUCGUUUAAAAAAAUUUGUAAAAUAAAUAUUUUAUGGAAAAUGAUACGUUUGGAGAUUAGUAAUUUAAUUUUAUUAAUAUAAAUAUUUUGAUUUUAAUUUUAAUUUAAUUAAUUCAAUUAAACCAACUUAAUUAAGUUACGAUAUUUUAGGUAAAUGCUAUUUUUAAUUUUACCAAUUUAUUUUAUCAAUUUAGUUUAGUGCUUUCAGUAAUAUAUUAUUCGUAAAUUGAUGUAACGAUAUCGAGAUGAGAUAUUUUAUAAUUUAUAAGCUUCACACAUAAAUACACAAACAUAUUGACAUUUUAUUUAGUCAAUAUUCAUAUAUUCAUCGUGUUAUUCGGCUAAAUAAAUUUUUAACAAAUUUUAAUUAUUCUUAUAUACACGUUAAAACAUUUUGCAUUAAAAAAUCUUGAAAUUUCUCUUUGUCGUUUAAACAUCGCGAUAAUUCUGAUCUCGCGCACGAUCGAGACAUUUAGGCGAAGCGUGUAACGUACUCGUUACCAGAGUAGAAGCUAUCAUAAUAAGGCCUAUGUUUUCACCGUACAUAUAACGUUAACGUGAUCAUCUAUUUCCAAUAUCCAGCUCUCUCAUCGAGAUAUCACGUUGUAUGCAUUUGAUGUAAACAUAGCUAUCAAUCAUAUAAUCAUCUUCGAGAUCGCGUGAUAUUAUAUUAUGGCAUAAUCGAAACACAUUCGCGAUCAAAUUUAUUGUAAUAUCAAAAAAUGAUAGAAUCGCUACGACAUUUGUCAUCUUUCUGUCAAUGCAAUGCGAAAAAAAAACUUUAGCGUUAAAUGCGCGAUGAAAACACGGUCAUUAUUAUUCAACAAUGAGCCGCUCAUUGAUAUUUAGACCUUUCAGUUCCCUCGAAAAUUUGCAAGAUACGCAUUUCUUUAAAUUCAUCUAAAGCAUAAAGAGAGAGAAACAGGAAAGAAUAAUAAUAAUAAUAAAUCUGUUUAUUAUUGUGACCAAGCUUCGUCAAACUAUAUUAUACACAUGUAUAUUGCAAUGUAGAAAUAAAGAGAGAAAUUGGGGUAGAUAUUUCAUUGCGGUUAAUUAUAAUUAGCGUGUGCAUGCGCGCGCGUUACUUUAUAGAAACGGGCUCUUCUCAAUUGGCGAACAACAUUUUAUACACCGAGGAAAAAUUAUUACAUUUUACGUGCUUUAAUUUUACACGAGGAUCUGGUCAGUUUCUCUCACGUUUUUCGAGCAAAAAAAAAUUUUACGCGCGUCACACGGUACUAAAGUCCACGAAGUUGGGAACACCUGGAAAGGACUUAAGGAGUUUACUCUCUUGAUCUUCCAGCAGGGAACUUUCCACGAGAUAACGUGUUUCGUUUCGGUAAGGCGAUAUUUAUGUCACUCCCCCACCUGCCCACAGUCAAAGCGCCUCGAGUGAGUUCGCGGAAGUUGGAAUAUCCGCGCGUUUCUCGACCAAAAUACCUCUUUGGAAUUGUACUCGAGAGGCGAUCGCCAUCGAUCUCCUAGCCAGACAAAAUGGAAAUAUCCUCCUGGCGGCCGUUUCGUGACGAAGCGAGGCGAGGCGGAAAUCGAGGUUGACUUACGUUCAAGAUCUUCCAUCUUCUCGUGUUCUCGUGUUAGAGAAGAGGAAUCGUUUUUAAAUUCUAGAAUUCGGCGAUAUUUGCAAGAUUCUUGUCCCGCGUAUAUUUAUAAAGCGAAAAAAUCAACUCGUAUGAACAUGCAAAAAGGCAAUAUUUGUAAGAUUUGUAAUUUAAUAAAAGAAAAAGUAGACGAUUGCCUUUUUUCCAAAAUCAAGAAGAGAAGUUUACCGCGCAGGAUCGAGGGAACCGAGUACGUAUGUCGAUAUUAAUCUAAAAGAACGAUCGGUUGCAAAAUCCAAAAGAAUUGCACAAACGACUGUUGCACGAAAUUUGUCAAGCAUUUUGAUUUUAUAACAUAUGAUUCGUGUGAAUUAGAUUUAACGCGAAACGUUUAUAAUUCCUAUAUGUUCUUAAGAUAUCCGUGCAGGAGCCGUUGUUGGGCAAACUUUUAAAUAGUAUGUGGAUUGCGAAAAAUUCGUUCUGAAUUGGCGUUAUUUACGACUUGGACAAAAACUCUACCAAAAGAAAAAAAAAUACGCUUGAAACAGAAGGUUCCUUGAUAAAUCAAUGAGCGGCCAUUUUAGUUGUUUUGUACGAUAUUCAUAUUCUUUAACGCAGGUAAACUUAAAGUAGCAAAAAGCGUCGAUGUGUGCAGCCUGAUUUUUUUGUUUCUUAAAAGCAAUAGUUCAUCUGAAUGAUUGUUCAUGUUAUAUUUUGCUCAGAUUAUAAAAAUAAAAAAUUUAUGAAACGAAAUAGGAAAAGAAUAAGAUUGUGAGGAUUUCCAAGGAUCCGAGAUUUUUACUCGAAAAAUAAAAAUAAAAUAAAGAUUAUUGCAAGAUAUAAUCAAAGGAUUUAAAAUCAUCAUUUCUUAUAUACGUGUAUAUAUAAUCUUGAAACUCAUUUCAUUGCAAUAUCUCUUUUUGCUUAUAAAUAGAAUUUUUUUUAACUUUUUAAAUAAAUUUUAAGAUAAUUGCGGUCUGAUGUUUAAA